AUCUCUCACCCCACGCACUAAAUCACAAUCAAUCGCGGUGCAGACAGAGAUGGAUUGGGACGUCCACGACCCUGUAACUUUCAGCGUGGCCCCCUAUCCUCCAAAGGGCUGCUGUCACUGACAAAUAAUAGAAGUGAUUCUAGGAGGAGUUAGCGGGUCAAGUCUGAGCCCCUGGAAGGAAGUCACCGCAAAGCAAUGGAGGGAAAUUCUUUUCUCUUUAGGAACAACAAUCACAAUGUCAAACAGCAUGUCUGACAGAAGGUUCAGCGCAAAGGAAGGGUUUGCUUUGAUGCAAAAUAUGACUGAAUAUUUAUUUUUAAAUCCUUAUUAAUGUUAAUGAGUGCAUGCUUUUCAACACAUUCAUACAAAGUGAAAUUUGCACAGUCCGAUGGAACGUAUGUGCUAUUCUCAAGGACUCAAACUUUUCCUGUGUAAGGGUUAAAUGCUGAGAUAUAUUCUAACAAAAAAAGCAUAUAUAGAGAGGAGAGUUACAAUGCAGUGCCAACAAACAGUGUAUCAUCAUCCAAUCUGGCCAACCAAGGAUGACUGCAAUCCCCACUUUGUGCACUCAUUCAAUAAUCCACACUGUUUUGUUUUCUUUCAAUGUGAACGUAAUACACACAAAUCACUACGAUCAAUGUUUGAACCAAAGUGUCAAUCAAGUCUUUCUGACAAGCUAACCUUAAGCUGGCAAUUGAGGUUAACUAUGGUUAACACUUCAUAUACUUAAAUGCCUCACAAAUACACAAACUUGAAAUUGCAAGAAAAAUAAUCACAAAUUGGCUUUAUAAUCAUAUUUGAUAACUCGACAAGAAUUUUUCAAAGAGUCAGCUGAAAGUGGACUACUUUUUCAACACCAAGGAUAAAGAACUUUUUCUCUUUUUGGAGACACACUGAGAACUAUUUUAAGUUCCCUACUAAAUCCCAACUUUAGCUUUUAUUCUGGAUGACAUGUAACAUUAUUUACUCAGUGACCAGUUUUGGUGAGCACCAUGAAGUCAUUUUCAUACCUGGACUGACUCUGAAAUUAGUAUGAUUGUAGUUUCCUCUACCUCUUUGCAUGUGACAUCUCUUUUAGACCAGGGAUUUUUUUCCACCUCCCUGAACUCCCUCUUACUUUGUUCCUUAUGUACAUUUCAACAUUUGAGGACUUCAGGCAGAGAUCACUUUACAAGAUGAGGUAUCACCAAAGAUUUUUGUCAUUUUAAACCAAUUGUAAAAUUACCUAAUUACUGAUCUCAGUCAAGAUGUCCUUGAAGCUGAAAUGUGUAAGUGUCCUGUUAUUUUAUUUUAUUUAUUGUAUUCAUUAUUACUUACAUUUUUAAGUAACAUAUUUCUGUGUUGUCUGCAUAAGAAAGGCAUUAGACUAAAUCAUGCUUGGCAAAUUACAAAACUAGACAACAAAGCAUUCAGGGCUCCACAUAUUACUACAUCCCAGUCUUAAGUGGUACAUAUCUUCAUUACUGUUUCCUGUUAUGUAAUUGUUGUUGUCAAAAGUCCUGCAUGAACUCGACUAUCUAAUUUUCUUUUGUCAAUUCAACGGAGUAAACACCUCUUUUCUAUGGUCAUCAAAAGUAGAUAUAUUUAUAUUGUAUUCUUAAGUCUAUAUUUUUAUAUCUAUAUUUUUGGUGUCCAUGAAUUUGAAAGACACUCCUCCACCAAAAGUCCUCACCAAGGAACAUGGAAGUUUAUUUUUAUUUUCAAGAUAUGACAACACACUGCGUACAGCAAACUACAUUCUGAAUAGAUUUUCUAUGCAAAUUAUGGGAUUCGUUGCUUAGGAAAGUUAUGGUCUUGAGUUUAUUAUUAUUAUUAUUAUUAUUAUUAUUAUAUAUAUAUAUAUAUAUUUUUUUUUUUUCUUAAAAUGCUCCUUAGAAACAACAAAUUAAACACAGUAAUAUAAUGAACCCUUGUGGGCUGUCAUAUGGUGCAAUGAAGUAUGUAGCAUAACACAGCACACAGACACAUAGUGACACACACACACACACACACGCACGCACACACGCACGCACGCACGCACACACACACACACACACACACACACACACACACACACACACACACACUUACAUGCACUUUCCAGCAUUCUGUAUGUUCUAUCGACAGGAAGUAUUAUUUCCUGGUCUGCCUGCUUUCUCUUUUUCCCCACUCUCAAAAUAACAGUCUUGACAUUCUGCCUCACAUUAUCAUGUGCAUUUGAAGAGAUGCUGUCUAGUGCUUUCUGAUUUACUCUACAACAGGCUGACUGAUUGCAUCAUUCACAUGAGCAUUGACAACAAACAUCAUCCAGACAUGUAGAAGUCUUCAUGAUGCCAUAACACGAUGAUUUAGUAUAAAAGAUCUUAUUCUGUAUUCACUGCCAAGAGCUCAAGGAGGAUCAUUCACAUGUAGAUGUGUCCUUGUGGAAGUGCCUUAGCUAUACAAUUUCCAUUUAGAUAAGGUGUAUACACAAAUAAAGGAAGGACAUUGGGUUCUCCAUUUGAUUAACUAAUCAUAGUCUUUGUAAUUCCACUUGGAGACCUUGAAGGGCAGUGCCGGGCUGUGCACCCUGAUUAGCCUAUGCAUGAUUGCUGCUACUGUGGCACAAAUCAGUUCAAGUAACUCAACUCCAUACACUGCACUGUUGCUGUGAUUAAACAGACGAUUAAGACGUAGACUUUCUGUCCAUUUAAUCCCCCUGGCCAUUGUCUGAGUGAGAUAGCUACAGUAUAGUCCCUGAUCAACAAUGACAAAACACUGAUAGACUUGAGGAGAGAGGUGAUUCGGGUUUUCAAAGCUCCCUUGAGAGUGCAUGCUGGCUGUUUGUGAUGAGGCUGAGUUUAAAAGGACAGUCUGUCCUCAUUGUGUCUUACUGGAGGAGAGAUUUCUUUAUCUGAUGGUUAUACUGAAGGAGGAAAACAAAGACACAUAUAGCCCUGGAGCAGAUGUAGUAGGAUACAUGUAAGUUGCAACAAUUAUACCAUACAAGGAAGCAGUAAGUUUACAGCGUGUUGACAAACCCAACAAAACACUUCUCAACCUCACGACUCAGUCCUCGAAGUACUUAAACCCCUCUUCCCUCUUCUCUGGUAGGCCUCUUCAUCCCUUACAGUGGUGUCUGUGUAUCAUCUGAAGGCUGUAUAGAAACUCUACAGCCCCUCACCAUGACUGAUCUCUUUUGAUAGAGCUCAUUAUGCAAACUGCUCCCAACUCCCACCGCAUAAUUAGUGCUUAAUUAAUUUGAGUGAAAUCUUUCAUCUGUCUGUGUCCGGCCAGCUCCUUCCUUCCAUUUACAACAUGAUAUUAAUUUCAGAGGGGGGAAUGGUAGCCCAGCUGAUGAAAAGGCUGAUAUAAUUAAUCAAGUACUGUAUCUUUUCCUUCAUUUUUUUUGCGAGAAUAAUAAUAAGUGUGAUGAGCAGAGUCUGAUUAACCCUAUUAUUCUCCCUAAUUAGGGUGAUCAUUUAAUAAUCAAGGAAGCAGCACAAUUAUAAGAGAAUGCAAAUUAUGCCAUCUAAUAAAGAGAGUGCCAGUUCUGGAAAUUCUUGGUUUGGAAAAUUUAGCAUUCCUAAGUCAAAGGUUCUACUUUUAAUGUAACAUACAUCAAUGAUGUUCUUUAAUACUUGAGCCUUGAAUUUUUCCCCAAUCUGUCUGAGCUUUGUAAAGCUCGAUGGUAGAUGGCCAUUGUUGGGACAUGUAUCGACUGGGCCUAAAUUAAAUAUGCCACAGGCAAGUAUGUCUCUUAUGUUAACUCUUGAAAUUUAUUUUAUUAUCUGAAAUUUUUGAGAAUAUCUUUGUUCACUGAAAACAAUAUGACUUGUAUGUCUGUGCAGCAAGUAUAUAACUAGGGCCUGCAGCUGGUUAACUUUGACAAAGUAGAGUCAGAGAGAGGCCUGGUUCUUUUGAAAGAAACAAGUUUGCCUAUUUGCUGCUUUAAAACCUAUUAAAAGCAUAAUGCACAAUUUUAUUGUGAAAAAAAACCUCAAAGUUUUCUCACUAAAGUUUAUGUGGAGAGUUAUAUCUUGAUAUAGUCAUUUCCAAGGGUUUUUGCCUUUAAAAACCAUUUGUAACAUUUUCCAGCCUUUGGUUUUUGUAGGACUAUUUUUGGAAGGACAAGAUGUGUACUGUUAACUUGAUAACUUAGGAGAUGCUGGUAGGCGUCUGUUUCUAUCUUCAGGCAGAGGCAUGCACUGUUUUAUGCACUGCUCUAUGCCAAGCAAGGUGGCUGCUUCUUAGAAAUACGAUAAUUAGUUUGAAAGAGAGAAGGAAUGAACUUAAAUUCAUGAUUAAAUACCAUUAUUUUCAUUAAUGAUCAAACGAAAUUAAAUAAAAGCCUCAUCACCAUGUCAUAAAAUUGCUGAUCUGAGAGCAAGAGUGACAAACAAUUUGAAAUGUACUUCAUGUCAGCUCUAAACUCUCAUUCACUACAAGCCACAGUUUUGAUUUCCUCCUUGCCCUGUGUGCUUUUUAGAGUCUGAUUGCUCUAAAGAGGAGGCAGGUGAAUCUUCAGAGUUUCAAAGGCAGAGUUUCAGUACCAUGGACAGCAGCCAAAACGGCAACAAUUACAGGACAAACUUGCAUAGAACCUCCAUGUUAAAAACUUUUGUAUAUUUCUGUUCAUAAAUGCCAAUCUAAUCAAUCAGAUAAUUUUGUAUUCAACAGAGAUUCUUACUUUUCUUGAACCAAUGAAGAAGCGAGAUAAGCUGACUAAUAGUUGAGGCCAAUGAGAAGAAUGAAUAAUGUGUAGCUCCAUAUGUCAAUAGAUUAAGGAUAUGGUCCAUUAGGUCUGCCAGAGUCCAUCCUUCAUGGUCUGCAAUGAAACAGCAGCUGUCUGCAUGUUCAUCAAGAUAAUGGUGACCUCGUAUAUGGAGUCCAUUAGCAAUGGCCCUGAUUCCUUUUUUUUUUUUCUUACAUGGAGUCAUCAUCAGUAUCAUUACAGUCUUCAGGGAGCCAGUGGGUAACAGAAGAUGAACCUAUUCUGUUGUCUAUUUGUAUCAGAAAUGUAUUGACUACUAACCCAAAUGCCUAUCAGUGAAAUCCUUUAUAUGCCGGCUUCUUUUACUCCAGCAUGUGUGCCUCCUUCACUUCUUUGUGUCUGUGAGAUGUGUGCUUGUGUGUGUGUGUCUACAUGAAUGUACCUCAAUUUACUCCUCUUCACCCCCAUAGUGCAGCUGUGCCUCAGAGGACUCUUGUGAAGUAAUUGAAUGAGCCGGGGCAGGGGGAAACCUGUGGCAGCGAAUGUGGUGCCCGCUGGCCUUAUUAUCUGUAAUACGGCAGCGGCUCUGUCUGCGUUUUUUCAUCCGCUCAUGAAUACAGAAAUGAAUGUGGUGGACGUCAGAGGUGAACACAGAGGGGAGAAACAGGCCAGAGCCUUUUUAAUCAGUUCCCAGAUAGAACAAUCACUUUAUCCACCUCCACAGCUCAGAGGUGAAUUAGUGUUUAACAUUCCAGGGCAUGCUUUCUGGCAGGAGACUCUACCCCAAACAACCAAUGGACUGUGGAGAUUAUUGAGAGACACUCUGAUAUUUUGAUGAGUAAAUUAGAGCUAAACAUGCCCCUGGGACUUCAGCAAUUGAUAUGCCUGAUAUGCAGGAAGCCCUCUUUUUAAUAAGUGGCUCUUUAAAAGAAAAAGGAAAUCUGGUGUUGUUCCAUUGAAGCCUUUGUUCAUAUUCCUCUGAAUGCACAGUAUUAGAAACUAUCAAAGCAUCUAUGGUUCUUGGAAUGGCAUUGCAUACACAUUAUCCCGUACAUGUAAUCAUGGUUCUACUCCAAAGAUACAUCUGAUGUACAGAGCAAUACAUCUCUGGACCUAUAUUUAGCAAAAGUACUAUUUAAUUUGCCGUUUCUACAGAAUCUUUUCAGAAACAUCUGCCCUCAUCUGCACAAGCUCAUCAGCAUCAUUGUCAAAAGUACAGAUGACAUCAGGGUCAUUCUCAGUCAACACUAGAGUCCAUUAGGCUUAAUCUCAGAGCCAUACCACUUUACAGAGCUUUUCAAAGUAACCUGCUUUCAUGGGCAUCUUUAUAAAGUACACUUUAAAGUCUAGACUGUGACCUCUACCUUACUCUCAUGGCCAAACAAGCAGGUUUCCCAUUGAUCCUCUGGAAACUACAGUCUGAUUUCUUUUCCAGUAUUGAAGAUUGACAAUUAAUAGUUUCCAGGUCCUCCACAACUAACUGUUGCUUUCUCUCAGGCCUUAAAUUGCCUCAAAAUAACAGAAGAAAUAUACAAUUUGAAACCUCAUUGUUUUUAUACUACAACAAAGGACUCGAUUGUAAGUACAUGUAAAUUCUUUCACACACUUUAAAAGAAUAGGAGAAUAGAGAAGGCCUGAGCUGUUCUACUUUUGAAUAACUGUUGCUUUAAACCCAUCCAUACACAACUAUAUUUAAAAACUAAUCACUUCAUUAAACCCUGGCACUUUUGUUCUACUGUGUCAUUGUUCUCCUGUUGGUGCCUGCCCACUCUCAGUUCCAGGGACAAAGGCUAAAGCCAAGGCUGUGCUGUGUCCACAGCCAGUCUGAUUAAAUCUGGAUCCCUCGCUAGCUCUCUCCAUGGUGCUGAAAGAGCUCUCUAUCAGAUUACACCCAGCUAGAAUAGGACCUCAGCUAAUCCAUUACAAUAAUUGAUUGACAAUGCAUUGAAGGUGGCCAUGUAGUGAUUAUAGCCAUGCCCUAUUGCUUUUCAAAUUAGCUUUAGAUGGAAAAACACAUGGUGCCAAUCAUUCUUGGGCAAAUGCUUGAGUUUUCUCUACUUUUAAGGUGAGGUGGGUAAAACUGCUCAACAGACCUGUUAGUAGCUCAAAAAUGUUUGACAGAAACAGCCUGGAGAAAUGCACUCAAAGACAUGUCAUACAAUGCUUUGGAGGUGAAUUUAGACUGGUUCUGUCUGUCCUCAGGAUUAAUUCAUCCUGUAGGUGGUGCAAUGAUGUAAGACCUGGACUGUGGGGCCAGAUAAACGUCUUCAACUCAGACUAUUUUAUUUUAUUUAGGUUGAGCCAUCAACUUUCUGUUAGAAAGCAGAUAAAGCACAAUUUCAACAGGACCAUGUGUAGAAACCUCUUUACAUUUCGGUUUACAGAAGAGAGCCAUGCUUCUCGGUCACACUAUGACAUGUUUUUAGAUUUUGGCUACUCAUUCUUUUAUUUUAGCCUAUUAUUAUUAUUUUUACUUGGUUGUAUAAUAUCAGUUAUCGAAUUAAAAGCAUUGCCUGGGGACGAAAAUGAGAGGGGCAUCUAAAAUCCAAAAGCAUGCGAUAAGGUUUAGGAGGAUGUAUUUGAGACUGCCUUAAAGCGGCUGCAGCUGUAUGCUAAUAAGGCGCCUAUGCUUCCCGUUCUCCAGAGCAGCACGCGCCACUGAUCAAACACGCGCAUGCGUCCUGAGAGCCAACACCAGCAACCCCGGCCCACGCGCUCCACAGAAAUUAUCACAGGGGAAAGAGGAACUCGUUAAAAUGCCAUCAAAGAUUGUUGCCCAAACAAACCACGACUAAUAGAUGCAAACAGAGACGACAACAAAACGAGCGAGUGGAUGAGGCAAACAAAUUAGAUUUUUAACGCUAGUCCAGUCAUUUUUAGAGGAUAAUUUUGGAGUAACGCGAACUAGAGUGAGAAAGUCAAGGAGGGCAGUGAAAACAUUUGAACUUUGUCUUUAAAAAUCGUGACAACAUCUUGCGAACUAUUGUCUACAUGGGAAACCAAAAAAACAAGAGUAAAACAUUAUUCUCACCGAGCAGUCCACUAUCAGACAACCUAAACACUCUAACUUUGACACUUCAUUAAAUACUGAGAAGUUUUAAUCUAGUUUAAUAUUUUUUUUCCAAAGAGCAUUUUAAGUCAUUUUUGCUCAAGCAUAUCUGUCACUGAAUCCUAUCUCACCAAAAUAACGGUGUGCAUUCAGGCAGGUGAGAAGGCACGAGGCACAGACGCCCAUUGAAAGGAGGGCGCAGGCCUGCGGCUCAGCUCCGAUUGUGUAAUUAUUUGACUUGGUCAUACUGCAGCUUUAUGCAAAUGAGGGGAACAAUGUACGACGAUGGAGAUUAAUUCCUCCCUGGUCUGCCGACUGAAAGGAGGAAGAAUGCGGUCUCUGCCAAGUGGCGCACCGCAGCCUACAUUUAGCCAUUAAAACGAAAAAAAAAAGGACAAAAACACGAUAAAUGAAGUAUGCAAAGAAACCAUAGGGGGCUGGUAGAGAAAAUAGACCACAUUUUAGUUGGAAAAAGUUGCCUUGUCCGGGAGACCGAAGGUUGCAAUACAACUCAACACUUUUUCAAACUGUUAAUUUUUUCAUUGAAAUCAGAUCAACCCUUGUCUUAAAUCUUUAGCGUAUCUAAGUUCUACCAAAAAUCAAUGAACAUCCCAAAGAAGCAGACAUUUGUACACUAGAACAGCACUAGACUGCAGCCGGCAACAUGAGUCGCUUCCUUUCAGCUGUGGUUAUAUUUGCAGAAAUUUUACAACCCAGGCUUCGACCGCGGCCCUCUUUGUUUAGAGCUCUGAUUCCGCCCAGCACGCGUCUAGCUGUGGGCCAGAUUGGCCGUGAGUCCCGUUUCACAGUUAAGAGGUCAAUUUGCCUUUCAAACGAAUAAAAAAGAGACAGGGAUAUCCAAGCACGGGCAGACGUGGCUAUUGUGAACAGAGACCAGAGGGCCUUCUUAUUACUUAUGUAUGCAGCGAGAUGUCUGAUUUAUAUGUCGAGUUAAACUACCGAGACAGACACGUGCCUUAAAAUAAAGACAACUCUCCAGCUACAGUGUUUAUUUAAGACAUAAUAAAAUAAAGGUCUAUAAAAAACCGCCUUAUUUGGUUUAGUGAAAGGCCCGUUUAGUGGACACAAAGGUAGUGUGCUAUUCUGUGGAUAGAAAGUGUAUAAAACUGUAACCCGUGGAGGAACAUUUUUAAAACACUAUGUACCUCGUCCUGAUGUCGUCUGUCUCCGGUGAGUUACACCUUUCAACAAAAUCUCAGCACAACUUGAAUGUUGCUGGUAUUUUGAUUUUAUUUCACAAACUUGUCCAGUCCCGUCUUAAUUCUAAAUUGUGAUGAUUGUGGCAGUGACGGACAUUUCCUUUUGGCAGUGUCGGGGCCCCCAGAGGAGAGCCACAAAGCCGUGGCACGUGUGCAGUUGUAUAGGGGCCCAUCAGACCGUAAAAAGAGGAGGGUCCCGGCGUGUGCCUCUGUCAGGGAGGGGCUGAGCGCACACAUUAAUGUAAUAAACCGCCAGUACAUCUGCUAAGCUAUCCGCACAUCCUCCAACGAAAUCCACCAAACACAGACUCUAAGCCCUCCCACAAUCAAAUCCACUGGGAUUUGGUUUCAUCUGAUUGGUCCGGGAUGUUGCAACGGAGGGGGGCGAGAACAAUAGCAUCAUUCCGGCAUAAAAAGAGUGGAGCUAUGCCUUAGAGACGAAAACAUUUCAGCAACAGAAGGAUCGAUAUACUGGGGAGAUAAAGUCCCAUAUGCUUCUAGUGUUGCCAUAUUUUUAACAAACCUGGAUACUCGAGACUUCAUCCACCCUAAAGUGCCUUUUCGCUGUAACUCGCCAAGAUGCCCAAAGGAUUCCUGGUAAAAAGAAACAAGAAAUCUGCGCAUGUUUCCUACAGGACUCGGUUAGACGAAGAUGACCCCCAGGAGCAUCCCACCCCAGCUGCCUUGCCGUGUCACACGGACCCCUCCCCACCGAUGUCCGUGGCAUCCAGUCCGGACCGCGCUGCAGCAUCACCAAAUUUCGCUGCAGCCGAGGCGCCGGUGCCAAGGCUGGAGAAGCCGGCGCAAUUCGGCAACCCAGAGACGGCGUUCCAAGCCCUUUACAGCCCCACCCGGCCCAUUAGCAAGGAGCACGACAGGGGAUAUUUUGAGCGAAGUUUCAAUCUAGGCUCGCCCAUUUCUGCCGAGUCAUUCCCCACACCUGCCUCCCUCUCCGGCCUGGACCACCUCCUUUACGCACCGGUCGACCUGAAAAUCGGCACCAGCAACAGCAGCCGCAGCGGGACCACCAGCAGCCUCCCAGCACCCAGCAACCGGGUCAUCACUAAAAGACCCGCACCUGACGGCACAGAGCGUAAGUCGAAACCCGCACCCAAGAAGCCCAAAGCCAUCCGAAAACUCAACUUUGAAGACGAGGUGACUACUUCUCCCGUGCUAGGUCUCAAAAUCAAAGAGGGACCAGUGGAAAUGAAGCCAAGGGCGCAGUCGUCUGGGGAAAACAAGCCCUUAGGGGAGUUUGUGUGUCAGCUGUGUAAAGAGGCGUACGCCGAUCCCUUUUCUUUGGCACAACACAAGUGCUCUCGCAUCGUCAGGGUCGAAUACCGGUGUCCCGAGUGUGACAAGAUGUUCAGCUGCCCGGCAAACCUCGCGUCUCACCGCCGCUGGCACAAACCCCGGACCACCGGCGCACCGGCGACGUCCCCCGCACAGGGCGUCAAACCUGAGAUGGCCAAAAUGCCAGCCCUGAGUGUCAAAUCAGUCUCCGACGAAGCCAAAGACAUGAGUGACAGAGACACCCCGAGUCCAGGUCUGUCCGAGUCGGGCUCUGAAGAUGGCUCCUAUGAUUGCCAGUUUUGCGGGAAGAGGUUUAAGCGACAGGCAUACCUAAGAAAACACAUCAUGGGACACCAGGCCCUGCAAAAGAAAGUGCUGGAGGAGCACGGGUUUCAAACGAGCGACCGGGUAGCAGAGCAGUCCCGAGCCUCAUCCUCCUUCUCCUCCUCCUCCUCCUCCUCCUCCUCCUCAACAUCAUCAUCCUCAGAGGAAGCUCCGAACCAAAGCCCUCUCAAUCUGAGCCCGGUGGACUGCCUGCUGUGCCCGGUGUGCGGGGAGAGUUUCACCAGCAGGGCUGGCCAGGAGAGACACCUGCGUCUCAUGCACUCCUCCCAGAUCUACCCGUGCAAGUACUGCCCUGCCACCCUCUACAGCUCGCCGGGGCUCACCAGGCACAUAAACAAGUGCCACCCCUCAGAGAACCGGCAGGUGAUCCUGCUCCAAAUGCCGGUGCGCCCCGCCUGCUGAAACAACACUCAACACGUGCCUUUAAUGGGGGAAAAAGAGAAAAAAAAAUAGAGAAACAAAAAAGUGGCUUUGGGUUUUAAAAAAAUAUCCACAGUUUGCGAUGUGCACUGCCAUAACUCCAGGCCAAUGAAGGCAGGGCGGUUAAUGUUUAAGUGGUGUUCAAUGAGGUGUCUUUUCCAUGCCAAUCAGUGAUUGUUGAAUGCUUCUCUCUAUAUUUGAAUUACAUAUAGGCCUAUUUUGAGAUUUUCUUUCUCAAAUUAGUUUAUCAAGGAAAAAAAAAAGAGUACAAAGCGUUAGUUUGACUGUUAAAGGGUAUUUUUCUAGGACAGCACAUGUGUUCGAUGAUAGCUUCUAGACCUAAGAAAUGUCUUUAAAUUCUCAGAAAUCCCUUUCCCUAUCAAAGCCUUUUCAAUUCACCGACCGUGAUUGCUUGAUCACUGUAGCUUUACGCUAGUUAGUGAGUGAUAUACAACUUACCAACAUUGUACUGGUGGGAUGAAAAGAGUGAGUGAAGCAUUCCCUGUUUAGCAGAACCACAAAUGCCUUUAGUAUACAAUAAGCUUAGUCCGACAUAGCCUACAUACACAUCGAAAUUCUGCUGUAUAACUGCCUUAAAAGAAGUCAUAGACUGUUUUUAAGUUUGAAUGCUGGCACAUAUUCUAUUAUUGUUAUUGAAGAUUGUUGCAAUAUUUUUCAUCAUAUGUUUAUUUAUUUAUUUAUUCUAAUUAUUUUAUGUAACUUAUUGUUGUGUUUGACGUGAUUUUUUUUCUCCUGUGAAUCGUUCUGGCAGUUUACAUGUCGUACAGCCAAAAUGUUUGUUUGCUUUGUUUUUUUGUUGUUGUUUUUCGGGGAGUCAAAUUUACAGUAUGAGUUGUGAUAAAUGUCGUGGAUCGGGUUUUAAUUAUCAAUCUACACAGCUCUUGUAAAAGAAAAAAAACGUAAAGCUCUUACCUUAGAUGCAAUCUUUUAAAGGACAAGUUAUUUUCUUAAAUGUUGGCUUUUAUAGCGCUUUGAUUGUAUGUGUAUAUCGUUGUUGUCUAUUGAAAUAAAAUAUUUUCAAAAUGACACAUCUCAAAGUAGAUUUUCUGUCUCAAAAGCAAAUAAGCUUAAGACUUCUUUUUUAGUCAAAGGGAAAGUUUUCAUCUACAGAGCAAAGCUUUUUUUUUAACCACUGACAGAGUUAAGCCACAGAGCCCGUGGAUCCUUCAUCUGUCUCCAUGUAAUUGUUUCUUUUUAGAGAUUUUCUUGAUUGAAAGUAAAUCACGUCCAUUAUACUAGUCUCAUGAUUAACUCUCUAUAAUAAAGCUCAAAAUAAUGACAAAGGGCUACUUCCUACCAUCACCCCCCCUUAAAAAGUCAGCCUGCCAACCUUAAGAUAGGUUUUUCUCUUUACUCCAUCAUUGACUUUUUAAAAACGGAUUUCAAUAAUGUUGCGUUCACAACCUUAUUAAUAAGAGAAUAUAUAUAUAUAUUUUUAGUUUUUUUGAGAGUUUUGUUCGUGAAUUAUAGCCGAGCUGGUUUAAAGUGCAGAUGAGGGCCUCGAGUUUUCGAGGUCGCCAAUUUCAAAACAGCACAAUUCAAGUUAUGACAAUGUCUGUACACAAAAAAACAGCACAAUAAUUUUAAGUUGUGACAAUGUCUGUACACAAAAGCCUUCCCCUUUUCUGCACCGCUUUCUACAAGUUCAAUUCACUGAGUCUAGCAACUCAAAUAAAAAAGUAAUGCCCCCCCCCCUUACCCAAACCUUUGCCUUCGAGUCCUCGUUUGUCAAAUUGAUUGGUAAUAAAUCUCUCCUACAGUGGCUCAUAGACGCCUUUAGCUGCCAUAGACAGGCACUUAGAGCCUAAUCAUAAAUCCCCUUCUUAAUACCGCGUCAGGACAGGACAGGACAAAGAGGUGCUGGAUCAGAGCUCACCUUUGGAGCUGUAAAACAUCUGUCUGCUUUGCAAGACUCAUGCAAAUCGAUUUUGUUGGUUUUCCACUGAUUUAGGAUACAUCAGGGCUCAGUUGCCUUCACAUCUGACCUCCAUAACCCGUAAAACAUGAAGUCUGCUGUAAUUUAAGGGGCAGCUCCUACCUGUGCCACCUCAGACCUAAAGGCCCACCGUCAGAUGGAGCUAAUCCAGAACCUAAUCAAUAAAAUAAGCUUUAUUCUUCUAAAGAUACCGACUCCCGAAUUUCUGUUCUAUUGAGAGUUGUUCCUGCUCAUUAAUAUUUGUUUAAGGAAAAAAAGUAUAGUGUAAACUUUUUUAAUGUGCCCCCCUCACCAGGUAGGCAUCAGUGGGGAUGCAUUAGACAAAUUUUCUGUGACGAUUGACACACCCUUAAAGUAUAACUCAUGAAAUAAUACAAUCAGGUGGCAAGAACAGAAAAUGUCUGGAACACCCAGCUCCAGCCUGCUCUUCUGUACACUUACC